AUGAAGCUGGUGAUAGUGCUCAUGCUGACUGCCCUCCCCCUUUUCUGCUAUGCCGAUUCUGGCUGCCAAGACUUAGAGAAUGUGAUCAAAAUUACCCUUGAUCCCAAAGAGUCCAAGACUGAAUUCAUCCAAGACCUUGAGAAGUACAUCCCGGGUCGGAUCACUGAGAUGGCCCUCAGGGAGUUUAAGCAGUGCUUUCUCGACCAGAACGAGGAAACCCUGACCAAUGCUGGCGUGCUAAUGGUAAUGGUGGCUUCUCCUUCCCGCUCUGGCCAGAAAUCAGUGGGCUCUCAGUUCUCUACAAACUACUUUUCUCUUAGUUACUAUUUUUUUUAA